AUGUACAGCACGUCUAUUAAGAAAUUUGAGAGACUGCCACCGUCUACAGUAGCAACAAAGAAGUGCCCGAAUUCUGCGAAUGUGUAUCUACAGGCGCUUUCUCAGUUUUACAGCAAGAUUGCAAAGAACACUUCUUAUCUAUGCCUGAAGAAGAUAUCUAAGCGACUGAUGAUGUCGAAAAGUGACAGGCAACCGGUGAAAAUAUCGAAGAUCAUGAGUGAGCUCGAAGGAAAACAGGAUAAAGUAGCAGUGAUAGUUGCAAAGGUACUUGAUGAUGACAAGGUAAUGAUAUUGCCAGCGAUGAAGAUUGUUGCGUUGCAAUGGUCCAAGGAAGUGAAGGAAAAGAUUGAGAAGUAUGGAGGAAGCAUACAUACACUUGAUGAGUUAUUUAAGGUGUGUUCAGACAUGGAUGAUGUGUGUUUGGUGUCAACAAACAAGUUUUCGAGAAAGUCGGCGAAGUUCUGGGGGCCUGCACCUGGAGAGCGUGGAUCGAAGACAUAUCCACGAGGCAAUCUCAGGUGUCACAAUCGUGAAAAGCGUAUCAUGAUGAAGGGAAGGAAGCCUAAGAAUCAGAAAGUCGGCCAAAGCGAAUAA